UCAUCUUACAUUUUCGCGCGUAUUUUUGACACGUGAUUUUGUAUACAGCAGUUUAAAACCCACUAUUGUUGAUUUACCGCGGCAGUGAAGGUGAGGGUUGGAUUUAGAGAAAGACGUUGUUUAAAUUUUCUCAAUAAUUUUUUUUGGAAAAGGAUAAAGAUGUCAUCACCAGCAAGUAGCAGCCGAGGUACACCACGUCGCAGUAAGCGACAGCAACCCGAUGAAUCAAGUCGUGAAAGUACACCAAGCAAGAGAGGACGAAUUUCCAAUGGGGUCAAUGGUACUCCCUCCAGAAAUGGCACCCCUGGGAAAAGGGCAGCUCAAAAUGGCACUCCUUCAAGAAGAGCCAAACAGAGAGAUUCACCAUCUUCUCAACGACCCCUGGAUUCAUCACCAAGUGCAGACCUAGCACCUUUACCAUCUUCACCAACAUCAGCACCAAGGAGUAUUCAUGAAACAUCAUUGUUCUCCAGUCCAGCGCAUUCCAAGUAUGGUGCAAGUGAGAUUGACUUAAGUUCACCUUUGAACUAUGGCACACCCAGCUCCAGAUUGAGUGGAACACCUGGGGGAAAGGGUACACCGAUUCGUCCCCGCACUGAUAUCCGCAGUGAGCGAAAGAUGAGGCAAGUUAACCUAGGCUCUGACCCAGUUGGUUCUGAGGCAGAUCCUGCUGGUGCUGUAACCAGUGACCACGGUGCAGGGCCCCAAUUGGUCAUCUGGGGUACUGAUGUUGUGGUCAGUGAAACCAAAGAGAAGUUCAGACGGUUCAUAGAACGCUUUAUUGACCCUGUGUUCCAAGAACAGGAGAACUUAGACAUUAAUGAGCCACUGUAUUUACAGAAGCUAGAGGAGAUUCAUACACUUGAGUUGCCCUUCCUCGAUGUCAACUGUAUUCACAUCAAACAGUUUGACAAAAUUCUCUACCGUCAACUAAUCUGCUACCCACAGGAAGUAAUUCCGACCUUUGACAUGGCAGUUAAUGAGCUGUUUUUUGACCGUUACCCAGAUACUCAGUUGGAGCACCAAGUUCAAGUUAGAACUUACAAUGCAGAAGAAACAAAAAACAUGCGAUUACUGAACCCUGAAGAUAUUGACCAAUUGAUAACUAUUAACGGAAUGGUGAUACGCACAUCUGGUCUGAUGCCGGAGAUGCGAGAAGCCUUCUUCUCUUGUCAGAAUUGUGCAGCAACGGCAACUGUGGAGAUUGAUCGUGGCCGUAUCGCUGAACCAACGGUCUGUCAAAAUUGCCAGACCAAGUUUAGUAUGACGCUCAUCCAUAACAGGUCACAGUUCAGUGACAAGCAGAUGGUGAAAAUCCAAGAAUCACCAGAUGACAUGCCUCCAGGUCAAACACCACACACCGUUGUUGUGUAUGCUCACAAUGACCUAGUGGAUUCGGUACAGCCCGGUGAUCGAGUAACCAUCACUGGUAUCUAUCGUGCUACACCCCUGCGUAUAAACCCAAAACAACGAAACGUGAAAGCUGUCUACAAAACUUACAUUGACGUAAUUCAGUUUCGCAAGGAUACUAAUAAAAGGCUUCAUGAACAUAAUGAAGAUGAUAAUCAGCAUUUAUUUAGUGAGGAUCGUAAAGCUCAGUUGGUCGCCCUUUCUAAGACAGCAGACAUCUAUGAACGCCUAUCAGCUGCUUUAGCACCCAGCAUCUUUGAAAAUGAAGACAUUAAAAAAGGCAUCCUCUGCCAGUUGUUUAGUGCCACCAAAAAGGAUUUUUCUGAAGCAGGAAGGGGAAAUUUCAGAUCUGAUAUAAAUAUCCUACUUUGUGGUGAUCCUGGCACAAGCAAAUCUCAGUUACUCCAGUAUGUUUACCAUCUUGUCCCAAGAGGGCAGUAUACAUCUGGCAAGGGUUCCAGUGCAGUUGGUCUAACUGCCUAUGUUACAAAAGAUCCAGAGACAAGACAGCUAGUCUUACAGACUGGUGCCCUAGUUCUCAGUGACAAUGGAAUAUGUUGCAUCGAUGAAUUUGACAAGAUGAAUGACAGCACACGUUCUGUUCUUCAUGAGGUCAUGGAACAACAAACGUUGUCAAUAGCUAAAGCCGGUAUUAUCUGUUCCCUGAAUGCCAGAACAUCGGUUCUUGCUGCUGCCAAUCCAGUUGACUCCCAAUGGAACCCAAAGAAAACCAUCAUUGAUAAUAUCCAGUUACCUCACACUCUACUUUCCAGGUUUGAUUUGAUUUUUCUGAUGUUGGAUCCACAAGAUGAACUUUAUGACCGUCGCCUCGCAAAUCAUUUAGUGUCGCUUUACCAUCAAGGAAAAGAGGAAACUGAAGAAGAGCAUUUGGAUAUGAAUCUCUUGAGGGACUACAUUUCAUAUGCUCGCUCAUACAUUCACCCAAAGCUGAGUGAAGAGGCUAGCCAGUUGUUGAUCCAAUCGUAUGUUGAUAUGCGCAAGAUUGGUAGCUCUAAAGGCAUGGUGUCCGCAUAUCCCAGACAGCUGGAAUCUCUUAUUCGUCUGUCCGAGGCUCAUGCAAGAAUGCGCUUUUCAAAUGUUGUAGAGAAUGUGGAUGUUCAAGAAGCUAGGAGACUGCACUACGAGGCUCUGAAGCAGUCAGCAUUUGACCCACGAGAUGGUACCAUCAACAUCGACAUCCUGGCCACUGGUAUGAGUACAUCAGCUCGCAAACAACGACAGGAAGUUAAACAAGCAUUGAACAAGCUCAUCCAAGGCAAAGGAAAAGUUGCAACCCUCAAAUACCAGAAAACAUUUGAGGAACUUAGGGAGUCAUCUGAUACGUUGAUCACUAAGGAAAUGUUUGAUGGCGCUCUUCGAGACCUUGCAGAUGAAGAAAGACUCAUUGUUGUCAACAAACAGAUUCGUCUUUGUUAGUGGUAGAUGUUUUGUUGAUACCGAUUUAGUCACUGGAUAUUUUCUGUAUGCAGUACACGAUUAAUGAACAACAAAGGUUGCACACCAUGUUGUUAACUACUCGCAGUGUGUUUCGACAUUGUGACAGCAAAUCUCCCUCUAGAAACGAGGUUGUUGCUUUUGUGUUGUGUUGCUGUCAGAAUAUGUAAUAUAUCCAACGAGGAGGUUUUUGAAACACUGAAUGCUUUGGGGAAUCCUGUAUUAGUAUUGUUAGUAAGUAAGUAAAUCCACAGGGCUCAUAUGGGCAGGAGCUUACCCCCAUUUUCAUGUAGUGUGAAGCGGAUGAGAGUGUAAUGCUGCCACUAGAUAAGACGCUAGUCUACCACAGGUUACUUCUAGCAGUUUGCUGGUACCCAUUGAUACAGUUGGGUAGACUGAAGCAAUGUAUAUAAAAGUACCUUUGCUCAAGAACACAAGCGAAACUCACAGCGAAGGAUAUUGUUAUUAAUAGCUACUGUAUAACCCAUCCUGUGGAUGGGAGGCUGAGGGCGCUGGACAGCCUCUCCCAGCACUGGCAAACACCACUGCAGACAUUUAAAUAGACAUUUAAAAUGUAUUUGCUGAAGUAAAAUUAGUUUAUGCCUAUAAAUAUUUGUUGAAUAUGUUAAAUAAAAUAUAGUUUACCCUCAAACUGGUCUUGAAAAUGUGGUCUCUUGGUUUGGUCUCUAAUUAGAUCCAGUUGAAACUAAACUUGCUGUAGUCAGUUCCUCAUAGGGAGUUCAUGACUUAACUUUGAUCAUUUACAUUUCUAUGCAUGAAUGUGUUGUUUAAUAGCCAAUAAUAGUGUUGCAUAUGACCCAACAGCUUGGCAACAAUAUCCAAGAGGGGCUUAUUGGAAAGGUGCGUUGUCUUUAAAUUCUUAAAUGGGAAUUGCUGUAGAAAGAUAUUUUUUCUAGGGAGGAUUUUUGAUGUGUCAGUAAUAGAAUAGAUUGCAAAAAAACAAUUUUAAAGUUGAUUCUAUUACUAGUGACAUAUCCAAAAUCCCCGCUAGAAAAAAAAAAUCAUCUUUCUAGUUCCCUUUUAGGGCUGCGAGUAAUUGUACCUACCAUAAAAUCCAUAACUAUAUUUAUGUACAUAUUUUUUCAGUUAAUGAGUCUUUUGAAUAAACAAUUCCUUUAUUAGCAAGUGAAGAACAAUGA